UAUUUAAAUUUUUUUAAAUCGGUACUACUCAAAUUAAUAACUUGUGUAUACUUUCAUUAUCACAAGUAUAUAUCAUAACUCUGCCGAAAACCCAGAUCUAGCUUAUGAGGGACAUAUUUGUAUAAUGCAAAGACUUUUUUGUUUUGGGUACAGAAACCCUUUGAAAUACAUGAAUGAUAACUAUUUGGCACGUCAUUGCAAAAAUCUGACUCCCCAGACAUCAUAAGGGGUGUCAGAUUUUGUCUAAGCACGUAUACCAUGAAAUCAACAAAUGUGAAUGAAUUACUAGGAAAUCCUCAAUUUCCUAAAAGUACACCGAAGGGAUCCAGAUUGAGUGAGGCUAGUGACAUGGAUGCUUUUGCAAAGAGCUUGUGUGGAUGGAGUUGGGAGGAGAACAAAUUGUUUGAGCUAGCUUUGGCAGUGGUAGAUGAGCAACACCCUGAACGGUGGGAGGUGGUUGCAGCCCUUGUUGGAGGAGAAAAAAGUGCUGGAGAUGUUCAAGAACAUUAUGUGAUCCUUUUGGAGGAUUUACACGUUAUAGAAUCUGGAAAACUUGACCAUAAACUAGGAGAAGUUGUCCUUGUUGAGUGUAAGGAGUCCCUGUGCUUAUCUCACAAUGAUACAAGCAUCUAGUAACUCCCUUGUAUUUGGUGGAACGUUUUUAGAAUGGUAUUGAAAGCCAAUAAGCCACGAGAAGCAUGAAAUAUUUACUAGGAACUUGCUCGGGGUCAUGUUAUUGUUAAUCAAGCUGCUUGUUGUAAUAUGUUGAUUUCAGCUUGGUCAUUCAAUUGGAAAUAAUAUGAUGUGUGGUUACAGAAGGCAUCA